CUUUUCCUGUGUAAGCGUUGAAGAUGGCGGUCGGCAAGAAUAAGGGUCUCUCCAAGGGAGGCAAAAAAGGUGGCAAAAAGAAGGUUGUUGAUCCCUUCUCGCGUAAAGAUUGGUACGAUGUUAAGGCACCUAACAUGUUCCAAACGCGCCAAAUUGGAAAAACACUCGUGAACCGCACCCAGGGCCAAAGAAUUGCCUCUGACUAUCUAAAGGGCCGCGUUUUCGAAGUGUCGCUCGCCGAUUUGCAGAAAGACAUUGAUCCAGAGCGUUCUUUCCGCAAGUUCCGCCUCAUUGCUGAGGACGUGCAGGACCGCAAUGUUCUGUGCAAUUUCCACGGCAUGGACUUAACCACCGACAAGUACAGGUCGAUGGUCAAGAAAUGGCAAACAUUGAUCGAAAGCAUCGUCGAGGCCAAGACUGUCGAUGGAUACCUUCUGCGUGUAUUCUGCAUUGGUUUCACCGCAAAGGACCAGCAGUCGCAGCGCAAAACCUGCUAUGCCCAACAGUCGCAGGUGCGUAAGAUUCGCGCUCGCAUGACGGACAUCAUCACAAACGAGGUGAGCGGCGCCGAUUUGAAGCAAUUGGUGAACAAACUGGCUCUGGACUCCAUCGCCAAGGACAUCGAGAAGAGCUGCCAACGCAUCUAUCCCCUUCACGAUGUGUACAUUCGCAAGGUUAAGGUGCUGAAGAAGCCGCGCUUCGACAUCUCCAAACUCUUGGAAUUGCACGGUGAUGGUGGCGGUAAGAGCACCGAAGCUGUUGUGUCCGCUGAGGGCGCUGUCAUCGAUCGUCCCGAGGGCUACGAACCACCCGUACAGGAAGCCGUUUAAUAACUUGAAAAAGGCGAUCACAUUAUAUAUUUUUUCCAUUUCAAACAAUACGCUGUAGCCUCAAAGUCAGCGAUUUUCUUAUUGAAUACAUAGUAACUACGUUUGAUGUAGAAAAGAAAAUA